AUGACAAAUGCGACUUCCUUGGUUGGAUUCUUUGAAAUACAAGGAUGUAGAGGACUUCCUAAAUUCAACCUCAACAAUAUUGCCCAGGAGAGGCAUUGUGACCGAUUUGGAAUUCUGAGAUUUAUUUCCUGCCUGGAAAUCAUAGAAAUCAGUGACCUUCUGUCAUUCACAGGCAUUCAUUUUGGUGAAUCGACUCAGGCCCCGUCUAUGAGCAGCAAAGGAGGCUUUGCAGAGGAGCUGGAGGAUGAGAGCAUGGACCCCUCCAAGAUGAUGUUCGACAGGGGGCCAGGAAGAUUCGGGGAGGGAUACACCAUAAAGCAAGUUGAUGACAUCAGUGCCCAGCCGAGUCACACCCGGUCCCAGCGUGUGCGGGCAGCCAUGUUUCCCGAGAGGCUGCCGGAGGGGGUACAUAUCCCCCAGAUGAACCUGCACCCCUACCAGCCCACUGCCAUACACGGCCUCGGUGAGCCCUCGCAGAUGUUGAAUCAAGCCACCGUCAACCUCAUCAAUUACCAGGAUGAUGCCGAUCUUGCUACGCGAACCAUCACAGAGUUGAUCAAACUACUGAACGACGAGGACCAGGUGGUCGUGAGCCAGGCCGCGAUGAUGGUGCACCAGCUGUCGAAGAAGGAGGCGAGCCGCCACGCCAUCAUGAACUCGCCACAGAUGGUGGCUGCUCUUGUCCGAGCAGUGAACAACACUGACAACCUGGAGACCACCCGGUGUGUGGCGGGCACACUGCACAACCUGUCGCAUCACAGACAGGGCCUCCUGGCAAUCUUCAAAUCGGGGGGAAUUCCAGCUCUGGUCAAACUUCUAAGCUCACCAGUGGAGUCCGUCCUCUUUUAUGCAGUAACCACUUUGCACAACUUACUACUGCACCAAGAAGGAUCCAAGAUGGCCGUACGAUUGACAGGUGGAUUACAGAAGAUGGUGGCUCUGCUACAAAGAAACAACAAUGUCAAGUUCCUGACAAUAACAAUGGACUGUCUGCAGAUUCUGGCUUACGGAAAUCAGGAGAGCAAGUUCUGUAGCUUUGCAUCAUUACAUCGAGAGGACUUGCUUGUUCCGUCAACGCCGUUCGAGGUUGUUCCUUUCCUGUCACCAAAGUCACCUGAAAGACAUUAUCAAGAAUACGGUCUCUACUUGGAUCUGGUCUAUGAUCCUGUCUGCUUACUAGAAGGAAGCAUGGCAAGUCUUGCAAUGCAUCUUGGUCAUCAAAGUCAGCGAUUGGUUUUAUCUGUGCAGACUAUUUUAAAUAUUAAUGACUACUUUCAGGAAUCGAUAGAAGGCCUGCUUCAGAUGCUGGUACAGCUACUGACCUCCAACGACAUCAACAUCGUAACCUGCGCGGCUGGAAUUCUCUCCAACUUGACAUGUAACAACCAACGUAACAAGGUGACCGUGUGUCAAGUGGGUGGGAUUGAGGCCCUGGUGCGCACCAUUAUGCAGGCCGGUGAUAGGGAUGAGAUUACCGAACCAGCUGUUUGUGCUCUUUGUCAUCUGACUGCCCAACACACCGAGUCGGAGACUGCCCAGAAUGCAGUUCGACUUCACUACGGUCUUCCCGUUCUGGUGAAGUUCUUGCACCCAUCUACCCACUGGUCCUUGAUCAAGACGGUGGUUGGUCUGAUUCACAACCUGGCCCUCUGCCCCGCCAAUCAUACCCCGCUGAGAGAGCAUGGCACCCUGCCCAGGAUCAUACAUCUGCUCAUCCGAGCUCACCAAGACACUCAGAGGUGUACGUCCAUCAACUCUCAGAACGGCGGCUCAAGCUAUGUUGACGGCGUGCGUAUGGAGGAAAUCGUGGAAGAAACUGUUGGUGCUCUUCACAUCCUGGCACGCGAAGCCCACAACAGGGCUGUCAUCCGAGAUCUCAACUGCAUCCCGCUUUUCGUACAGUUGUUGUAUUCCCCCAUUGAAAACAUCCAGCGAGUGGCUGCCGGAGUCUUGUGCGAGUUGGCUGCUGAUAAUGAAGGGGCAGACAUGAUUGAACAUGAGGGUGCCAUUGUCCCCCUCACCGAGAUUUUACACUGCCGUAACGAGGAUGUAGCUACGUAUGCUGCUGCGGUUCUAUUCCGAAUGUUGGAAGACAAGCCACAAGACUACAAGAAACGCUUGUCAAUGAAGCCGAGCACUUCUCUGUAUCGUGGAGACCAGAACAUGCCUUGGACUGAGCCUCCUGGGUUUGACGAUGCCGGUGCAAUGAGUCUUCCCACACAAGAGCCGCGAGAACAGAUGUACCAGCCUCCCCCUCACCACGGUAGUCAGGGCAACAUGGGCGGGUAUGAGAUGCAGACAACUCCAGGCAAUUUAGACCAAGUGCUAGUCGACUCGAUGCAGGGCCUGGAGAUUGGAAGCCAACAAGGAAGUGGUUAUGGACCAAUUUAAACAAUCCCGGACUUGGGUCCAGAGUCAGGUGAUUUGAAUUUUGAAAAUCUCGAUUCCAGUCUGCACCAAGGUGGUGCUGGUGAUAAUCAAGGCAUGACCUGGUUUGACACUGACCUUUGA